UGACCUUCUCUAGCACAGAGCCACGCUCGGUUCUACUGAUGUGACAGGUGUCGUCACAGAGUCUCCAUCUGGGGUCGGUUUGGAGAGAGAGGAAGUGUGAGUCGGGGUUUCCUAACUCCCUCUGGACCUGUUCUGUCCCCUCCAGGUGCAAUGUCGUGGCCGCAGCGCCGGUGCCCCUGGGUCGGGCUGGGCGGUGGCGGCCUGUGCCGGCUGGUGCGGGGGGCCUGGAUCUGCGACCGUGCCGCCCAGCCCCCACGGUGUCCCUGCUGACCCGACAUGGAAAACUUCCAGUACAGCGUGCAGCUGAGCGACCAGGACUGGGCUGAGUUCUCGGCCACCGCCGAGGAGUGUGGCCUCCUGCAGGCCGGCCUGGCCUCUGGGGACGAGCUCUUGUCCAGUGACAUUGACCAAGGAGAUAGCAGCGGCCCCCUCGGGCUCCUGCCCCUCCCUCCUGGGCAGCCGGCCCGCGAGGAGGAAGAGGAGGAGGAGGAGGAGGAGGACGCAGCCACCGGGCAGGCGGUCAGCAGGUCACGGUGCGAGCUUGUCUUGGCCUUGGGGGCUGCUGAGCAGACACCCAGCACGUCCGCACCACUGGGAACUCGGCCGUCUCUCGGCUCCAGUGCCACCUCUCCUGGCUCAGCCCUCCCGGGGCCAGUGUCUUCCAGAGACGACAUGCACAGACUCCUGCAGGGCCCCACACGACCUCAGCGUCAGUCCCUGGACUCAUGCGACAAAAACAGGCCCAGUGGUGGCCCCCACGAUGCCCCUGCCAUGGGCUUUGUCGGCUCCCACAACAUGGUGACACGGACCCGGGGCCCAGGGAAGCGGUUGGAGGGUGGACUGAAGGGGUGUCCGCCGGUGCCUGGGACGGUGCAUUCCUGCUGCCUUCCAGCCCAGGGAGCUGGUCGCUCACCGCGCCCGUCACCUGUUCACAGCCCUCGAGAUGCCCACUGCGCACCCCCCAGGGGUGGCCUGCCCCCCUCCCCUGUCCACAGCAGAAGCCCUGCCCACCUGCCCACCUGCGCCCUCAGCAUGUCCCCACCUCGGCAACCGGGACGGCCCGUGGGGACUCCGUGUUCACAAACACCUGAGAAGAGCCAGAGGAAGGAGCAGCCGGAGGAGCUGCUGGAGACGCCGGCUGGGCUGCUGGAGAGGGAGGUCUGGCUGUUCCUCUGGAGCCUGCCUCGGAGCCCCGGCCGAAAGAAGAGGCGAGCCGUGGGCGCCAAGGCGGGCAGGAGCUCGGGAGCCCUAGGCCCUGCCCCUGCCCAGCCGGGCUCCCCACUGCUCACGGCCCGGCCCGAGGAGGGCUUGCGCCAGCAGAGCCCACGGGGAGGGGAGGAGCUGGGGGCAGACUCUGCAGGAGCUCCUGGGCCUGGCUCAAGUGUCCCUGCACCGGUCACCAGACCAGAGCCAGGUGUGGACCUGUCUACACCUAUCUCUACAACUGAGCAAGGUACGGAGCAAAUCGGAAUGACCCCAAGAGCUGAGCUACACCCAGUGUCCACACCUGCCAAGGGGGCUCAUCCAGAUGUUGCAAUGGCUGAGCCAGAUGUGGCUCUGUCUACACCCGCCUCCAAGCCUCCUCCCGACACGGCUGUGUCUACACCCGCCUCCAAGCCUCCUCCCGAUACGGCUCCUCCUCCCGACACGGCUCUGUCUACGCCCGCCUCCAAGCCUCCUCCCGACACGGCUGUGUCUACACCCGCCUCCAAGCCUCCUCCCGACACGGCUCUGUCUACACCCGCCUCCAAGCCUCCACCCGACACGGCUGUGUCUACACCUGCCUCCAAGCCUCCACCCGACAUGGCUGUGUCUACACCUGCCUCCAAGCCUCCACCCGACACGGCUGUGUCUACACCCGCUUCCAAGCCUCCCCCCGACACGGCUCUGUCUACACCCUCUUGCAAGUCUAGACUGGAUGUAGACCUGUCUACAGUAGGCCCAGGGGUCCAGCCAGAAGUGGCUCCAUCCACACGUGUCUCAGCGGCCAUCCUGCGUGCAGCUCUGCCUUGCUCUGUCUCUGAGGCCGAGUUGGACGUGGGUGUGUCCACACCUGCUCCCAGAGCUCACGCUGCCCCCCAGCCUGGGGCUGGUGUGGUGGAGACAGAGGCUGUGUCUCCAGGGGGUCCCCGAGCGAAGCCCAGAGUGGAGCCCGUAGCAGGGGCCCCCAGACACCUCUCGGGGGAGCAGCACGUGGGCCCCAUCCAAGCCCCCAGGAAGAAGAAAGUCCGAUUCUCCAUGGCCGUGUCCAGCCCCGAGGAGCCAGGAUCAGGGGGGGCCUCGGAACACCCAUCGCCGGCCACAGCCCAACCCUCAGCCCCCAGGGUGGCGCCUGGGGGUCGCGGAGGGCCCAGGGCCUGGGACACCGUGGCUGUCGGGCCGCGGCCCACCCAGCCUCGCAUCCUUAAGCACCUGCCCCCUCCUGCCCCUUCUGCGCUGGGGACACUGGGUCCCAGGAGCAGCUUUGCUGUGACCCUCCCAGAGGCCUACGAGUUCUUUUUCUGCGACACCAUCGAGGAAGAGGAGGAAGAUGCUGAGGAGGUGGCAGAGGCCAGCGAGGUUCUGGUCGAAGCCCAGUGGCCGGACAUGUGCGAGUUCUUCUUCCGGGACUGCCGAGCCCAGAGGCCGAGGCCCCGGGGGUGCUGCCCCCCAGUCCCAGCCCCAAGGGAGCCUGCGCCGGCCCCUCCGCCUGGAGACCCUGUGCCCAUGUCCAUCCCUGAGGCCUACGAACACUUCUUCGGGGAGGACAGGUUUGGGGGCGAUCUGGGGCCGGCCACCCUGCUCCAGCUGCAGGCCUCAGAGACCCCCAGGCCGGCCUCGCUGGGAGUAGGGCCCAGGGCCCCACCCACUCCGGGCCCCACCCGAGGAGAGCGGCUCGGCUUGGCGGUCAGGCGGGCAGGGGAGCUCCGGGGUCCCCUCACCUCGUUUACCUUCAGCCAGAACGACAUGUGCCUGGUGUUUGUGGCCUUUGCAACCUGGGCUGUGAGAACAUCAGACCUGCACACACCAGACGCCUGGAAAACAGUCUUGCUGGCCAACAUCGGCACCAUCUCCGCCAUCCGCCACUUCCGCCGGCAGGUGAGGCGAGGGCGCCGCAGCCCCAGCCCCAGCCCCAGCCGCAGCCCCAGCUCCUAGGAUCCCGGCAGACCCGGCAGACCCAGGACGCGGCUGUGAUGACGAGCGUCGGGAGGGAGGCGGUCGUAGGUGCUGCUGCCUCCACUCAGCCCGGGGGCCAGCCACCAGCAGGGCUGCUCCCGCGCCCGGGCGGGAGACCCCGGCAGUCUGUGUGGGAAGAGGCUGAGGGGAGCCGGCGGGCAGGGCGGCCAGACUGGCACGCAGCACACGGUACCCCGUGAAGCCGGACUGCAGACACGCGGUGUUUGGGACGUACUUAUCCUGGGAAAUCAUUUGUCAUCUGAACGUGUAUUCAGUCGGCGCCUGCACCAUGUGGUGUGUGCAGGAGGUGAGAGGAAGGGCCCGGGCAGCCACGAGGCCCUGCGGUGGUCAAGGCAGGGGACAAGGGCAAGGAUGCCGGGGGCCUCGAGGCUGGGGGCUUCUGGAGACCGCCCUGCUAGCAGGUGCGCGGGGCUGGCGAGGGUGCCAAGGCCCCUCCGCACCUUGAGCCCAGGCCUGCUGGGGCGGUGAGCUGGCACCAGACGGGCAUGUCCGAAGUGGCUCCAGAUGCCCCUGGGGGCUGGGGGCUGGGGCAGAGCCGCAGCCCCUCCUCUGGGGACCCCGGCGAGAGUGCGGAGGCAGAGCUGGGGGCGUCAGCUGUGGGAUGGGCCCUGGGGCUCCCUCAGGGCAGCGGGGGGCCCAGGGCUGAGGAGCCGGAGACGGGCGGGUGAGGGCCCUGGCGGUGGGGCACAGGGACGGCGGGAGACCCCGCUGCGGAGUGAGAACGCGUGGACACACAGCACCAAUAAAGUCUCUGCUUUUCUCUCA